CAGCACGGGGCCUCCACCGGCGGCUGCGCGCUGAGCUGCGCACGAAGGAGUUCCUGCUGCAGCAGCAGCAGCAGGAGCAGCAGCAGCAAAUCGUGGUGCUGCAGCACCGGACGAAGCAGAAGCACAAGCACAAGCAGUACGUCGCUGCUGCUGCUGCUGCUGCUGCUGCUGCUGAGGGCCUUCCUGGGGGCUUCUUUUCAAGUCCAUUUUGCUUCUUCUUUUCAAAUUUUGUUUGCCGAUUGGAGCUGCUGGAGGAAAGAGUGCGCCAUUCGCUGCGGGGCAGCGGGCUGCCCGUGGCGCUGCAGCGCAGCAGCAGCAGCAGCAGCAGGAGAGCAGCACGGCGGCAGGACACGGCGGAGCUGGAGCUGCAGCAUCUGGAGGAGGGCAACGGGCUGCCAGUGGCCACGCGGCUGGGCUUGA